AUGAACGAGGGCAUCUUUGAGAUGUUCCUCCCAGCAGAGCUGUGUGCUGCUGUGUUCUGGGUGACAUAUACAGAUGAGCAACAUCUUUGUCAGCCCGAAGUCCUGCUUCCCACAGGUCCCCAGCAGGCCAUCUUCCAAGUGCCUCUGAUGCUGUGCUGGCCGACCACAAUCAUCAAUAUGACCUGUACUCCGGUGACUUUGAACCCUCAAUCGACCCUUUCUCUCUCAGUGAAUCCCAGCCAGCCCGUGACUAUACCCUGCCUCUUCUCUAAUGUGAUCGUGCAGCCCACCACCAUCCCUGCCCUUCCUCUUCUGCCAGCACAGGUCCUGGUCUCCAACGUCUCUUCCCAGAACCCUGGCACUGCUAACCAGGCUCCUGUCAUCUGCGCCCAGAGCAACAACAUGGCCAGCCGGGUCCCUGAAAACUAUGCCCAGACCCCAGUCGCCUCCAACCAGGGUAGCUCGUCUGCUGAGGAAGACAGGCAGAAGGUCAUGGAUGCUGCCGAGGCUCUCCUGAUUCUGCAUAACUCCUCUCAGGCACCCCAGGUACCUGGCUCCUUGAAUGAGGAACUUGGGCUGGAGAAGAGUAGGGAAGUCUGA